GGCACAGGACAACUAAAUAGCUGAUUAGUCAGCUUGUUAAAAAUAUAAGUGUUAUGCAAAUUUGUAUCUUCAAAAGAAAAACUCAUAAUUGACUAAAUUAAGCUCUCAAUCAUUCAUUAUAGGUUUUGUAGGGAAUCAGUGGUAUGUGCUAUAAAGAACAUGAAAAAUGUGUUGUAUGGAGUAUUUUUUGAUAACAUCAGCAAAUUUUAUGCACAAAUUGUGAUAGAUUGGCUUCUGAAUUAAAUUUUCAUCUUUAAAUUGAAGUUUCCAUGAGAACACUAUCAAGUAUUUUAUUUCACUUAAAAAGUUUUUGUGAUUGUUUGUAUUGAAUUAAUGUCAGUAUUGAUUAAAUAAAGAAAAAUGGAUGUCUCCUCCGUAUUGGUUCAUUCUACAAACUACAAGAACACAGUUCGGCAGCUUGACUACUACUAUGGUGUUGUUAAGCGGCAAAUCCUCCACUACCAGAGCCCAACCAACGGUCUGUUCCCUGCCUGCUCUAGUGACACUCAUGUCGCUGACCUCAGAACAAGCGUCUAUUGCUCCAUGGCCAUCUGGAGCCUCUAUCAGUCAUACAGGCGCAUUGACGACGACCAUGGCAAAGCCUACGAACUGGGCGGAUCGUGCGUGAAGUGCAUGCGUGGCAUCCUGAGCUGCUGGAUGCGUCAGAGCGAGCGUGUUGAGCUCUUCAAACAAGGCCAGGCUGGCAAGUACGCUCUGCACAGCAAGUUCCAUCUCAUUACUGGUGAAGAAGUCUGCUCAACUGGCCAGUUUGAACAUCUCCAGCUGGACGUGAUUGCUGUGUACCUGAUAGCGCUGGUGCAGCUCACGGCGUCAGGUCUACACAUCAUCUACACGAUGGACGAGGUCGCGUUCGUGCAGAACCUCGUCUACUACAUCGAGCGCUCCUACCGCACCCCGGACUUUGGCAUCUGGGAGCGCGGCAGCAAGAACAAUGAUGGCACCCCUGAGCUGCAUGCCAGCUCCAUAGGCAUGGUGAAGGCUGCUCUUGAAGCCAUCAACGGAUGCAAUCUGUUCGGUGACCGCGGCGCCUCGUGGUCCGUUAUCUUCGUGGACAUCGACGCGCACAACCGCAACCGCAGCAUCUUUGAGACGCUGCUGCCCAAGGAGUCCAACUCAAAGAACGUGGAUGCAUCGCUGUUGUUUGCUCUCUCGUUCCCCUCGUUCGCGACGCACGACACCAUGCUUUACUCCACCACCAAGGAGAGGAUCGUGAGGCUGCUAAAAGGCAGCUAUGGCUUCAAGAGGUUCGAGAGAGAUGGCUUUGGCUCGGUGCUGGAGGACAAAACCCGCCGCCACUACCACAAGGGAGAAACUAAGGAGUUCGAGGGCGUGGAGUGCGAGUGGCCGAUGUUCCUGCUGCUCAUGGUCAUCGAGGGCGUCUUUAAGAACAACGAGAAGCAAAUAGAGGAAUACCGCAGCGCUCUCAAGCAGCUCUACAAGACCGACAAGAACGGAGACGUGGUGGUGCCCAAGUAUUACUACGUGCCUAAAGACUACAUCGAGUUGGAGCGAGAACAGCCGGGCACUCAGUUACGCAUGGCGAGCGUGCACGGCAGCGCCACGAACCUGUUCCUGAUGGGACAGUCCCUGUUCCUGAUCGCUGAGCUGCUCACGCACGACCUGCUGCACAUCAACGAGCUCGACCCCAUCAGGAGAUACUUGCCCUCCUACAACCGCCCUAGGAAGGGAGGCCGCUACUCUGCCUUCCAGAUGUUUAGUAGCGACGCUGCGUUCCGACCCAACGAUGAUAGGAAGUCCAAGUCAAACAAGAAGGGCACAGCGAGCGACCUGGUGGUGCAGGUGGUGCUCAUUGCGGAGUCCAUGCGUCUCCAGGCCAUGAUGGCCACAUAUGGCAUCCAGACACAGACCCCACACGAGGUAGAGCCUGUACAGAUCUGGCCCCCCAAGGAGCUCGUCAAAGUUUACUGUAACCUCGGCCUCAACAAGAAACUUGGCCUCAACGGCCGCCCCAUGCGCCCCAUCGGUGCACUCGGCACCAGCAAGGUAUACCGCAUCUGUGGCCAGACGGUGCUGUGCUACCCGCUGGUGUUCGAGGUGAGCGACUUUUAUCUGUCGCACGACAUGGCGCUGCUCAUUGACAACAUUAAGACAGAACUGCACUUUGUCAGCAAAUACUGGCGUCUGUCUGGCCGUCCUACUGUCUGUAUACUCAUCAGGGAGGAGCACAUGAGGGACAUCCACUUCCGCGAGCUGCUGGACCUGCUGGCGUCCCUCAAGUCCGGCCACUGCGACGGCCUCAAGGUGCGCACCGGACGCCUGCAGAACCUCAUCUCCUCCUCCUGUGUUGAGCACCUGGACUUCAUGAGCAACAGCGACGUGGACUGGGACGUGCAGGCGUUCGAGCAGCUGCAGCACGCGUCUAUAGGCUACCAGUCCCUCACUGACGUGCCUCAGGCCAUCGCCUACGCUGAGAAUAAGACCGACUUCAGGGACAUGGAGCACAGCGACACUUGGACGCUGAAGGAGACGUUGCGCUCCGUGACAUCGCUGCGUGGCCGCACGCAGCUCCUCGGCAUGAUCCUCGCCAGGGAGGGACCUGACCACCAGCUCGAUGGACAGUCCGUGGCAGAGAAGAUCACCGAGGUGCUGGGCAGCGCGUCGUCGCUGCGACUAUGGAGCGUCGUACGCACCUGCACGGCGCUGCUCUCCAAGGAAGUCGAGUCCAUCUCACCCUACAUCACCACCGUGCUGGUCUACGGCAAGCAGGUGACGCUUGGGUCUGGCAACAACGUCGUGGUGCUCGACAAGCCCGUGCAGCCUGGGGAAGUGCACGAUCUGUUCUACACCAAGGAUCUCAAGCCGUCGAUGAUGGUGCACGCGGUGCUGCAGCAGGAGGUGAUGCUGUACUGCGGUAAACUCAUGGGCGCGCACCCUCAUCUCUUCAAGGGCAUCCUCAACAUCCGUGUCGCAUGGCUGGUGCAAGCGAUGGAAUAUUAUCACCAGUCGGUGCUGGGCAAGAACGAAGUUGCUCUUGAGGAACUCUCGCCCAACGAGGUCUUCAGGCUGCUGGUGGCUGUGCUGUCCAUGGAGCAGGAAGACCUAUCGCCUAGACAAAUGCGCUUCAUUAAUGGAUGUCUUGGCAGGACCCCAGCAAACUUCUAUGACAAGGUUUGGCUGGUGCUGCAAAAGACCCCAGGAGGUCUGUCGCUGCUAGACCGCACGCUGCCGCAGCAACCGACCAUUAGUGAGCUCUCCCCCACGGAGAUGUCCUUCGCCAAGGCCGUACAGGAGCUCCUCGGCGCCGUCCAAGUGCCCGAGUACAACCAAGUUGUGGCCGAGGCGCUGAGGAUCAUCGCGACAAUCUUACAGCGCAACCCCGAGCUGCAGUUCUCCCAGGCCGUCAAGCUCGAGAGCCUCGUCAGGGACGCAGCCCACAUCAUGAGAGUGGAACAACGCGACGAAGACUACACUACAGCGAGCUACUUCAACACCGGCGACGCCAAAGCCACGUGUCCGGAAUGCAAGUGCGUCGAGUCGUCGUGUGUGUGCAUCGUCUACCACGCCAGCAGCCCCGCCCUCAACAGCUGCCUCGCCAGGGCCAUCGUCAACCUCCUCCUUGCCAAGGACACCAGGACCGGCGUCGAGCGUGCGGUCGCCGGCUGCAAAGUCUCAUAAAUUGAUUCUUUAUGAGGCUUGAUGGUUUUAAUGUGCUUUGAAACAUGAAGUAAAAUAUGCUGGAUUCAUCGUGUUGAGAGCUACCGUACGAUCGCGUGAAAAGCUACUCGGUACAUUCAGCGUUGGAGCAAAAUUAUUGCCACUGUCUUCUUCUUUGACACCCUGCCUGUAUGUCACAAGCUUGACUUUAAUACUAAAUCUUAGACGUUCUCAAAUCCGGUGAUUAAUAAUAACCGAGUUCACUUUAGAAUUUAUUGUUGCCGGCUGUGAAGUAUUCUUAUGGAAUGCGGCUUUGAUGUCACUUGAGGCAAUUGUCGAGAAUGCUGCACUUUUUCAAUCGAGUAAAUAUUAUCUUGAAACUCGUCUCGGAGUUAACCAAGUUCUCACUAAUGUUCAUACGUUUACUUUCAUACCAUCUGACUCUCAACGUAUGAGAAAAUAUUUUCAUAGAAAAAAUGUUUCUAUUUCAUUAGAUUUUAACAUAGAAGUUAUUUUCCCUCGAACUUGAAUAGCCUAAAGCCAUUGUACACUGAGACGUACGAGUUUCAGGAGAACAAAGUUUCCUUCAAGUCCCUUCGCUGCUCGUGUCACUAGAAUAUAUAGAAUAUAUAUACAUGAAUACGAGGCUGCUCGGCCUCACAGUUUGUCCCUGGCUUGCAUCCUGCCUAACUCCGCUUUAGACUAUAUCUUCUGUGUUCAACAGUGCGAGAUGAUUUUAUUUCUUCUUAUUUUAGUUGUUGAUUCAUGAACCGGUGUGUAGUUAGAUUUAAAAAUCUUAUCUAUGAAGUUGUGACAUCUUACAAGAGCUUUAUUGACAGCUGCUCAUAUCAAAACUAAAUAUUCGCUUUAAUUUCUUUAUCUGUUUGACAUUGGAGCAAGUCGUUAAGCUACGUACGACGAACUUGUGAAUGCAGAGCCUCGCAAAGCCCGCAUUCAUCUGCAGUGCGUCGUGUCUGUUGUGCUAGUCAUUGUAUAGGUGCUACUCUAAGUUGACCUUCACAUAAUUUAUCCCUGGUACCUCUUGUUUUCGAGCCUGCCGCUAAGCUGUCAGAAGUUCUUCAUAAUGCCCGAGAAUUUCACAGUAACGAUCAUUAUCUGAGGUAUCUAUUUAAUAGUUAGAUCGCUCAUCGGUCGAGAAUGUAUCUUACAAUAGAAGCUCUGAGACCUGCUGUGCUGCCUCCUCCAAUUGUUUGGCGCUGCCAGUGACUCGGAGCUUGGGCUGCUCGGCCAUCUUUUAAGACUUGAGGUGUUCAAUGUGCCAUUUGUCGAGGAUUGAUACCGAGUUAUUUAAUAAUCGUCUUUUAUCAAUUUAACUAUCGAAUUAGAUUAUUGAGUGCGUGCGUUGUUAUUGUUGCCAAUUUAUGAUUAUGAUGUUUAUUACUUACUCUGCGACAAUCCAGCUACUACAAUUUUCACUGCAAAUGCUCUCUCUCUCUCUCUCUGCUUAAUUUCAAUUAAGUGUGUGAAUAUAGUGAAAGACCGAGCUUUGUCACUGACAAAAAUAGCCCGUGAAAGUCAGUUAUGUAUGAGGGAAUUUUUCCUCUUAAUCUUGAACCCUUUAUUUAGAUUUGAGUUUUCGACAAUAGUGUUAAGAAGUAAGCUGAUUAUAGUGAUGGUUAUGUAGUAUAUAUGAAAUAUUUCUUGCGCCUGAGAA